AUGGACACUUUAAAAAAGUCUCAGGAUGUAGAUGGUACUAAAAGGAAAGACAGAUAUUCAAAAAAAAGAGAAAGGGGAGUAUUCUGGACUUUUUUCUGGCUUACGUGGACUUGCAUAGUGAUCGUUAUAUUAGGAUUAAUUCGGUGGGACUUUAUCUUUAAUGCAAUCUAUAGGAUUUUUCCUCCAAGCCGAUAUAUUCUAUGGCCUUUCAAGAGGUUUCUAGAGUUCGGGUUAGUUUGGAGUAACAUAGAGAAGCAGGCCAAAAAAAUAGAAGAAGUCAAAAUGGUACUAGAGAUUAGAAAGGCUUUCUGUAUUAUUUAUACACUUCUUAUAUUCGCAAACAUCACUCUUGGAUUCUUCUUCAAAAGUGUUAUUAGUGUGUUUAAGAUGAAGACCAUUGACCUCCGGAAAGUUUUGAUGCUUAUUGUUCGGGUCUCUAUUCUAGUGAUUCUCUUGAAAGGUAAAAACGAAAAAAAGAUGAAAGAUAAUCUGGGGCCAGAGCAUGUUAUUCGUUUUGUAAAAGCACAAUAUUUCUUUUCUUCGGCUUGGAGUCUUCUGGAGAAUAUAGAAAGUAUUACAUUUAUUGAGAUACUUGCAGAGGUUAUGGGAUGCUGGGUGGUUAACGUAGUUGUCUCCCACGAAAAUCAGGACAUUGUAGAAAAUCUUCUAAACUUCCCAAAGCCCGUUAAUUUUGCUAUAGCAUUAGUCCUUACUCCUUUUUUUUAUAUCAUGAUCAUGUUCUACCUUUUAGAACUUACCAAAAGGAUUUAUCCCUUUUUUCGAAGGGAACUGGAGAUCUCCGACGAGUUUGCUAGUUCGUGCAACAUAGCCAUAUCUGUUGUGCUAAUAAUAUUGUUUAUUUGGUAUGCAUAUUAUGAACUAUCUGUGGUGAUAAAUAUGCUAGAAGGAAAAAAGAGAAAUUAUAUCAUUUUCUGA